GAAAUGUUUUAUUGGUGAGAGACUGUCGGGUAUCUAAUAAAUUAAAUCACAUUUAAGACAAUUAUAAGGCAAAGUGGCGAUCAGCGUUUUGCAAGUAUCUGCAGUAGUUAGAAUAAUCAAGAAAUGAAUGUAGGAACUUUUGUGUACAUUUACACAUCUAAAGCCGCUACUGCAAUUCCUGGCCGCUAGGGGGCGCGUGAUAGCAGCGUCUCGUGCUGCGCAGUCGUUACGCUAUUGGUCGGCGGGACAGAGAAGAUUCCUGAACGCUCUCACGCAUCAGCCGGCGCACCGCAUGCUGCUACCCAGCUUCAUGGAACAAGAACAAGGGUGUAUCACCGUCCGCUGACUGAAACCCCACCGUAGCUGCUGCUGUCACCUUUAGCACUGACUUAUAUUCUCGUUCUUCCGUGCAAUUACUGUACUCUACACUGUUCGGUUAGCUAGCGAAGAUGUCGGUUGUCGGAUUUGACGUCGGGUUCCUGAACUGCUACGUAGCGGUAGCCAGAGCCGGGGGGAUUGAAACUGUCGCGAAUGACUACAGCGACCGAUGUACACCAGCAUUUGUUUCUUUUGGACCCCGGAAUCGAGCGAUCGGCGCUGCUGCCAAAAGCCAGAUCGUCACAAACUGCAAGAACACAGUCCAAGGGUUCAAGAGGCUUCAUGGCAGGGCGUUUACGGAUCCCUACGUGCAGCGCCUCAAAAACUGUUUGGUCUAUGAUAUUGCACAAAUGUCCACAGGAACGACUGGCAUCAAGGUGAACUACAUGGAGGAGGAGAAGGUGUUCAGCAUUGAACAGGUCACCGCCAUGCUGCUGACCAAGAUGAAGGAGACUGCAGAGCAGGCCCUCAAGAAGCCUGUGGCUGACUGUGUUGUGUCUGUUCCCUGCUACUACACGGAUGCUGAGAGGAGAUCAGUAGUAGAUGCUGCUCAGAUCGCCGGUCUCAACUGCCUGAGACUCAUGAAUGAGACGACUGCAGUUGCACUGGCAUAUGGGAUCUAUAAACAGGAUCUCCCUGCUCCGGAGGAGAAGCCCAGGAAUGUGGUGUUUGUGGACCUGGGCCAUUCUGGAUUCCAGACAUCAGUGUGUGCCUUUAACAAGGGCAAAGUCAAGGUCCUGGCGACAGCGUGUGACCCAGAGCUGGGAGGAAUGGCCUUUGAUGAGAUGCUGGUGAAGCACUUCUGUGAGGAAUUCGGCAAGAAGUACAAGAUUGAUGUCAAGACGAAGCCCAGGGCUCUGGUGAGGCUUUUCCAGGAGUGUGAAAAACUGAAGAGAGUGAUGAGCGCCAACGCCUCUGACCUGCCGCUUAACAUCGAGUGCUUCAUGAAUGACAUUGAUGUCUCUGGAAAACUGAACAGGGGCCAGUUUGAAGAGAUGUGUGCUGACAUUUUUACCCGAGUUGAGGCUCCACUGCAGAGUCUGCUGGAACAAACCAAACUGAAAAAGGAAGACAUCUAUGCAGUAGAGAUCGUGGGGGGAGCUUCCAGGAUCCCAGCCGUCAAAGAGAGGAUCAGCAAAUUCUUCGGGAAGGAGUUGAGCACCACUCUGAAUGCUGACGAAGCGGUGGCCAGAGGAUGUGCCCUGCAGUGUGCAAUCCUGUCACCUGCCUUCAAAGUGCGUGAGUUCUCCAUCACAGAUGUUGUUAACUAUCCCAUCUCCUUGAAGUGGCAUUCUGCUGCAGAAGAAGGUCUGAGUGAUUGCGAGGUAUUCCCCGUGAACCACGCGGCACCUUUCUCCAAAGUGCUGACCUUCUACCGGAAAGAGCCUUUUUCUUUGGAGGCCUACUACAAUAAGGCCAAUGAGCUGCCCUACCCCGAUCCUACUAUUGGUCAGUUCAUGAUCCAGAAGGUUAUCCCACAGGCAUCUGGGGAGAGCUCCAAGGUGAAAGUCAAGGUGCGGGUGAACAUCCACGGUAUCUUCAGUGUGUCCAGCGCCUCCCUGGUUGAAGUGCAGAAGUCUGAUGAGACAGAGGAACCCAUGGAAACAGAGCAGGUUAAUGACAAAGAGGGAGAGAGCAAGAUGCAGACGGAUCAGGAUGAGCAUCAGGGUCAGGGAGACAGUCCGAAGGAAACAGAAGAGAAGACGCCCCGCGAGAACGAGGAGAUGGAGAUCACCCCAGAGGAGGCCAAAGGCGAGAAGAAGACCGACCAGCCCCCACAAGCCAAAAAGCCCAAAGUCAAAACAAAAGUGAUCGAGCUUCCGAUUGAUAACAGUCCACAGUGGCAGCUAGCUGAUGACAUGCUCAAUCUUUUUGUAGAAAAUGAGGGGAAGAUGAUCAUGCAGGACAAGCUGGAGAAGGAGAGAAACGACGCUAAGAAUUACGUAGAGGAGUAUGUGUACGAAAUGAGGGACAAGCUGCAUGGGACGCUGGAGAAGUUUGUCAGUAAAUCUGACCGAGAUGCCCUGUCAUUACUGCUGGAGAACACUGAAAACUGGCUGUAUGAAGAUGGAGAGGACCAAUCCAAACAGGUGUACAUUGACAAACUGGUCGAGUUAAAGAAACUUGGCCAGCCCAUCCAGGAGAGGUAUACAGAGGCUGAAGUGAGACCAAAAGCAUUUGAGGAGUUGGGAAAACAAAUCCAGCAGUACAUGAAGUUUGUGGAAGCAUACAAGAUGAAGGAGGAGCAGUAUGACCAUUUAGAUGAGGCAGAUGUCAAGAAAGUGGACAAACAGGCCAGCGAUGCAAUGAUGUGGAUGAACAGCGCCAUGAACCAGCAGGGCAAACAGAACUUGACGAUGGAUCCGACCAUCAAAGUGAAAGACAUUCAAGCAAAAACAAGGGAGCUGUUCUCCGCUUGCAACUUCAUCGUGACCAAGCCCAAGCCCAAGGUGGAGCUUCCCAAGGAGGAUGCUCCCGCAGAGCAGAAUGGGCCCGAAAAUGGACAGGAGAAAGCCCAGGGAGAAACGGCCGAGAACACGGGCAACCCCAGCUCAGAAACCACAGAAACCAAGCCUGACAUGGACCUCGAUUAAAGCAGCCCAACGCCCCGCUAAGCAAAGCUGAACGGGAGCUGGUUGUUUCAGAUUGAGAUGCAGCCUGGGUGUAUAUCAGAGCAGGUAAAAUGUUCCAGAAACUGCACUACACAGUCAAAAGCAGGCAGGGUGAUUAGCACACUGAGACCAGCAGUGGUAACUCUGUCUGAUGACAUAGCAUGCCCUCUCUCUUUCUGGAUAACAUAAAUCUAAAGCCAGCCGCAAUAAGCCUGUUUGACAAUGAGCGCUGUACACAUAAUGGUAUUUAUUUCUGUUGUGUGCCCUGUAAGUGUUCUGGUCUGUGUCACAAUAUGGUUUUAAUAAAGUUAUUGAAAAUCA